AUUUCCUCAGCUCAAAAACUGAAAAACCACACUUUCUUUUCUUUUUCUUUCUUUUUCUUCUGCUUGAAGCUUUUGCAUCGCAUUCUAAAACAAAACAAAGCCCACAAAUUUUGACCCUUAAUCCAACGCUCUCUGAUUCAGCUAAAUGCAAAUGAACAGUUUCCAUUUCUGGGUCUUACUCUUUUUCUCUUUCUCUCUCCCUGCUUAGUUUCAACCAGCAGGAGGAGUAUUCAUGGCAGCAAAGCGCGUGUACCAAGUUUGGAAAGGAAGUAAUAAAUUCAUAUUGGGAGGGAGGUUGGUAUUUGGACCAGAUGCCAGGUCCCUGCUUAUCACUCUGUCAUUGAUUAUUGUUCCAGUUAUCAUCUUUUGUGUAUUUGUAGCAAGGCAUCUUCGGCAUGCAUUUUCUUCAUAUUAUUCAGGAUAUGCUAUUUUAGUAGUGGCAAUUCUCUUUACUAUCCACGUCCUGGUGCUUCUCUGUUUUACUUCUGCACGUGAUCCGGGUAUCAUUCCAAGGAAUUCACAUCCACCAGAAGAAGAGUUUCGUUAUGAAUCUUCUACAGUAGCCGGACAACAAACACCAAGCCUUCAGUUCCCACGAACAAAAGAAGUAAUGGUCAAUGGCCUUCCUGUAAAGGUGAAAUAUUGUGAAACUUGUAUGCUGUAUCGCCCUCCUCGUUGCUCGCAUUGCUCCAUAUGCAAUAACUGUGUUGAGCGUUUCGAUCACCAUUGCCCUUGGGUGGGCCAAUGCAUCGGUCUGCGGAACUACCGUUACUUCUUCAUGUUUGUUUCUUCGGCAACAAUUCUGUGCAUCUAUGUGUUUUCCUUCUCAGCAUUUUACAUCAAGGUUCUGAUGGAUAAUAAUGAUAUUGGGACGGUGUGGAAGGCGAUAAAAGAAUCCCCUGCAUCUGUGAUUUUAAUGGCUUAUUGUUUCAUCUCUUUGUGGUUUGUUGGUGGACUAACUGGUUUUCAUUUGUACCUUAUAGGCACAAACCAGACGACCUAUGAAAACUUCCGAUACAGAGCUGAUGGCAGGAUCAAUGUUUUUAAUCGUGGUUGUUUAAAUAAUUUUCUGGAAGUGUUUUGCACAGAAAUAAAGCCCUCAAGGAACAAUUUCAGGGCUUUUGUUCAAGAGGAGGUACAAAGGCCGCUGACUACAGUCAUUUCCCGGGGACGUGAACCAGAUGAUUUAGGUGGAGAUCGCCGUCCUAAGGUUGAAGAUGAUCUAGAUAUCGGUGAAGAUCUAUUGAAGAUAUCACAGCGUAGGAAUAUUGAGCAACUCGACGAGGACAUUCAGAAUAGAGGGAGCAAUGGUGCGCCCCAUAAUACAGCUGAACCCGAUUCAAUUUUGUCGUCAGAUCAUCGAGCUACCACAAUACGAUCUGAUGCUAGGCACUCGAGUUGGGAAAGAAGUGGAAACUGGGAAAUUGCACAAGAUGUCUUUGCCAAUUCAAAUGUCACCGAAAGCAGAAACUAUGUCUCAUCAAAGGAAACGCGCCAAUGACAAGUACAGUUUGUCUUUACGAUAUCUUAACGAUGUCGAACAUAGCUGAUGUGGGAUUACUUGGAUAGUAAAGAUGGAAAAGAAAGUGCUCCUUGAUCAGAUUUUGAAUUGGAAGGAGUUAAGUAGUUGAACUUUCGGUAUAAAAACUUAGAUUACUUUUUGUGGUUAUACUAGCUAUUUGGGAAGGCAUAUAAACAUAUGUUUGUAGUUGUUUACGAGAUAAAGUGUCUUGGUUAUGUUUCCCCCAUUUUUUAACUGUCCAAUAUGUGGAUCUCAUCUUAAGUUGGCUUUAUUCUUUGUGUAAAUAAUUAGUGAUGAUACUGAAAAACUUUUGCUCCAUAUAUUUCGUUUUAGGCACUGUAAAAAGUGGAUUAUCCUUGGUAUUAA